AUGCGGCUGCUGCGUGCAGCGAAUGCCGCCGGCACGAACGGCGAUGUCUCUAGAGGCACAGGGCAGUCUCGGUGGUUUCGACUCUGGCUCUGGGUGCUUCUUUGGGGCGUGCUGACGUCUGGGGUGGAGCCCUCCCAGCGCGCGGCGGGCAAAGCCGGAUCAUGCUUGGAUCUACAGUCCGCGCCUGGCUGCACCGCUAGACUCGAGAAAGGCUCUGCGCCCAGUACAACGGCCCCGAGCACUAGCGACGACACCAUCGCGAUUGGCAACCGGGAGCCAACCAACAACGACAUCCACCGCAGCCAGAGGAAAACCCCACCUGGGACAACUACUGCCAUCAGUCACAACGGGCGCCGCUCUGCAUCAGCACCGCAGCGCGACGGGCCCUCAGCAGCAGCAGGCGCUCAACUGGACGACCGCGAUCCAGGCAGCGGCCUCGCGACACCAUCCAGCCCCGGCGGGGACGGGCCCAGUCCGUCCUCCGGGCGCUCCGCGUGGGUGUCCAGGCAGCGGGUCGGCGAGGGGAAGCAGGCGGGCCGCUUUGGCGCGGCGGUGGCGCAGCGCGCGCACUACCGCUGGGCGACAAAAGGGCUGCCCGUGGACUCCCGAGGACAACCCUUCGAGGGGGCCGCCAGAGUGCUCACGGGGCGGCGAGGGGUGGUGUUUCUCCCGCAGGCAGUCGGUGCGGUGGAUGCGGUGCUGACGGUGGCCACCUCCGCGGGGGAUAUCCGCUACAGGGUGCAGGCCAACGCUGUGGAAAAUCCGCACAAGGUCCACCCGAUCGUCGUGACCAAUAUCCCGGUCGGCUCCACCUUCACGGGGCCCAUCGCCGUCUACAAUCCGCUAGACGAGGCGGUACUGUCAAUCACAGAGGUGUUCACCACCGAAGGGUUUCUUCGGCUUGUUAUGCCGGAGAGCUUGACGGGAGGAUCGGGGGUCGCCACCCCGAAGGUUUCCGCUAGAAAAGGCGGCGUUACCGGUGCCGGUUCGAGGAGAAACCGUCAUCAUCAUCACGGCGGCGACACCGAGUCGCUUCCGACGGCAUUCAGGGACCCUGGUCAACCGGUGGAAGCGUGGCACCCAAAGCCGCCAGGUUUGCUGGUAGAAGGCAGCCCGGAGCACAGGUCAGCGUGGCGCAUCCCGCCGGGUGCAGAGAUGGAGGUGAUACGAGUGUCCUUCACGGCGGAGACUACGGGGGAGUUCCGGGGGUACGUGCACAUCCGCACCGACGGCGAGAGUAUGGUGGUCCCGGUGGAGUUGCACGUGUCGAAGGGAGGCGUCGACCCUAGUCCAUUGGAGGUGGACUUUGGGGUGCUCACUUCUUCCCUCGAGCGUCGCCAAGCGUCUGUCUCACUCUACAACGGCGGCACCCAACCAAUACUGAUCCUGGGCGCAAGCGUGAGCAACCCCGACCCCCGCAUCAACGUGGGGUUUCGCGAAGGCACGGUUAUUGGAGCGGGGGAGGGGAUGGACGACGCCGUUCGGCUUGUCUACAGCGGGGGCGAGCCGUUGCUGUCCGGGGGGGAGCACGCUUCAGAUCCCGCGGCCAAUGCUGGCGGCAAGGUCUUGAUCGCCGUGAACCACACCACGCCGGAGCUGUCGAUCGUGGAGAUCGGUUACCGGGCACACGUGCUCCACGGAGGUGUCGCGUACGAGUGGGGGCAGGUCAGCUUCCAGGCUGUCAACAACAUCGGGUCCUCUCGUCCCCCGGAGCAAGAAGGCGGAGGAGGGGAGAAGCGUCGGGAACAAGACGGCGACUGGAUGGUUGAGACACGCGUCGUGGAGCUCAAGAACCAUUUCCCCGUCGCGAUGCAGCUCCUGAGCCUGUCCAUGGAGGACUGCCGGGACAUCCUUUCGGCGGCGAGAAGCGGCGGCGGUGACCGCGUGCAGUCAUCACCGUCUUCCGCACCGCCAGCCCUGGAGCCAAAGCUUACCCCGGAGGAGGAAGCACGACUGCGCUCGUUGAUGCACGAUGGAGACGUUUUUUCUGCCAUGGCGGUGGAAGACAUGGGGGGCGACGGCGACGGCCGCUAUCCGUCGCCGGACAACGAGCUAGCGUAUCCGGUAGAGGGCGAGGAGGAGGAGGACGCGCGGGAGUCGAUCCCCUCGGUGUCUGCAGAUCAGCGCACCCUCGUGGAGAGGAGGCUGGCCGACAUCCGUGAUUCCCUGGAGGCAGCGGCGGCGGCGGCGGCGGCGAGAGAAGAAGUGUCCCCGCGUGUGGGAGACGACUCGCGGUCGAGUGAGGAGGAGGAAGAGGAGGAGGAGGAGGAGGGGAGCGGAGAUAGCGGCGGGGUGGAAAUGGGGUCACUCGGAAGAUCGCUGCCGUUUACGUGCACCCUCAGGGCGGAGACGAACGCUUCGACCCACCAGAUCCCAGUCUUCGUGUUCGACGGCAGCCUACACUACGGCUUCGUUGCGGACGGCGGUAGCGGCGGUGGGGCCGCCACCAAGAAGCGCAAAGAAGGCGGGGGAUUUUUCGGAGGGGCGGAUGUCAGGUCGGGAUGGCCGAAGGCGUCGAAAGCGUCGCCGACGGUAGUUGCCGGACUCCCGCCGGAUUCGAGGUCGGCAUUCGUGAGGCCCCCUCGUGAGGCGAGCAGAAACGCCGGCAGCAAAGAAGCCGCCGCCGCCGCCGCCGCCGCCGCCGCCCCGUCGUCGUCAUCACCGCCUUCGGCAUCGGCCCCUCCAGAACCCCGACCUCUUGUGGUCGAUCUCGGCAUCAUUCGCGCGGGAGCCACGGGCCGGCGUCGCUUCAACGUCACGAACCUCAACCCCGUGGAGGUUAACGUGACGAACACCGGCGGGGGGGGAGAGUUGCCGUUCGCGUCGCUGCGGCUUGUCGGCGUGGGGCCGCUGCCGCGAGCGCCGCAGGCUCUGUCGGAAAUCGGUAGACACAUCCAGGCCCGCUCGCUCCAGAACACGGCCGCGGCCGCGGCGACGGCAGGCUCUGCCUGCCCCCCGACAGGCGGUGCGACCGCCGCUUCCGGGGCGACAGCAACGUCACCGGGCGGCGGCGGCGGCGGCGACAGCUGCAAGCACGCUCCCGACCGAUCGUCUUCGGAAGCGGGGGGGCGCCGUGGAUCGUCGCUACUUCCGCACAAGCUCGUGCGAGAGACGGUGGAGAAAGACGGACGGGUUUCCAACCGAGAGGCGGUUGUUUUGGGGGGUGACGCGGGGAAGAAGGCAUGGGGGGGAGGGGGCACGCGACGGUCGAGGGGGCGCGGCGGGUCGCGGCAGGCGGCGGGGAAGGGCGGAGGCGAGGGGUACGUUUGCACGCUGGUGCCCGGGGCCACGGCUAUGUUCGAGGUGGCCGCUACCGCGCCGGAGGAAGUGGUCGACGGGACUGUGAAGAUGGAGGUGUCAGGCCUACAGCUCUCGACUCCCUUGGAGACGGUUCCCGUCCUGGUGACCUACAGCGCCAUUUGCGGGGGAAUAUUUUUCCACGCUCCCGCCGUCGCCGGUGGCUCGUCCGCGCCAUAUGAACCUGGAUCAUCGUCGUCGCCGCCACUGCCACGAGUCCCCCACGGGGACCCCGCCGAUGGGACGAUUCGCGCAUCCCACGUAACCCCCCCCGCCGUGGCGAUACUCGACGCCGAAGAUCAGGAGCAGCAGCAGCGGAGUUGUGGCGCAGUGAGAGGAAGAAAAGGCCAGGCUGCUGCUGCUGCUGCUGCGGCGGCGGCGGCGGCGCAGUCGGUCGAAGCGGCGCAAUUGGAACAGGAAGACGGCGGAGCAUUAACCGUUCGCCUGGACGAUGCCUUUCCCGGAAAAGUGACGGUUUCGCCCGUGUCCCUCCGCUCGACGGCGGCGUGGGAGGGCCGCGUGGAGGGCAUGGAGUCCAGCGGUCCCCUGAUCAAGGCGACCCUGGCACGGAGAGACGUGCCGGGGGUGUCAGUCGGAGGGGGCGGAGAGGGGACGGCGGCUGGUGUCCCCGGGGCUAUCGCCGCCCACCCUGCUGUCGUGGAGGUGGGACACGUGGAGUACGAUGCCGCCAGGGACUGCGCGGAAGUGAACGCGUGGACCUGCCUCGCGAGAACGGUGGAGGAGGCUAGCUAUCGUCGGCGCAACAGUCAGGGCGGGAGCGGCGGUGGUGGAGACAGCGCCGCCCUGCUGCACGAAAAACAGCGCCAAGACCGUGCCGGAGGCGAGGAGUUGGAGCUGACGUUGAUGAGGCUAGUGGAAGCUCUUCACGACGACUCGCGCGUCAUGUACCAGAGCGCCCCGCAGCAAGACAACGCCUCUCCCUCCUCAGGCGGGAAACCCGGGGAUGGCCUCGCCACGUAUCGCUGCGGCGAGGGCCACGUGAUCACGGUCGAAAUGGAGGACCCCAGCCUAGAUUCGGAGCUGGAAGGCUGUGACGAGCCCCGCUUCGUCGCCGGGGCGGGGAAGGCGCUGGCCGCGGCGAGCUGGAGGGACGGGCACGGCGGGUUGGGGCUCGGUGGGCACGGAGCGGCCUCCGUCAACGACAGGUCGACCGCAGCCGCGAAAGAGCUGUGGGGGCUCUUGCCCUCUAUCGCGGCGUCCGGGCUUAACCGGUUCCGCGAGGAGGUCUCGGUGAGCACGACCCUGGGACCAGCGGCGAGGCCGCUGGAGGUUUUGGUGUCGUUGACGGUGCCGCGGCUGGUAGUCGGGGUCGCGGCGUCGGAGGGUGCGGCGCCUUGCCCUCACGCCGCAGAGGCGGCGGCGAAUCGGAGGGCAAGCGAGGGUUGCGGUGGUGCUGCUGCUGCCGCCUGCGCUAGUAGUGGUUGCCCGUGCGACCAGAAGCGCGGGAGCCGUCCUGGCUAUGGCGGCCACGGCGUGCCGGUUCUCCGGUUCCCGCUCACGCAGGUCGGAGAGGAGCGCGACGUAUUCGUGGAGGUCGCCAACCCGGCCGACGUUCCCGUCAGCGUGCAGCUCUCCGUCGGCAAGACCGACUCCCUCGCGUGGAAGGAGCUGGGUAAGGGGGACGACAAAGCGCCGGCCGCCACCGUCAUCGCUGUCGGAAUCGACGUCUCAAGCUUCGCACGCCAGCAGCAGCAGGUCCGCCACAAGGGGGCGGGAGAGAUCUCGGCGUUCCACGUGCGCGUGGGCGCGUUCCCGGCCCUGGUGCUGCCGCCUGGCGGGGCCGCGACGAUCGGGCCGCUGCGGUUUACGCCGGCGCGGAUGGGAACCUUCUCGGCGCACGUCUACCUCCGGAACAACCUGACCCACCUGGAGCCCGUGCGACUGGAGGGCGAGGCCGGGGUGGGGCUUCUCUCCGUCCGCCCGUGGGAGGGCGGCGGUGCGAGGCCGGGCCGUGUUGUCGUUGGCGCUGCUUCAACGGUGCCGGAGCCGGACGGGGGCUUGACGGAAGCGUCGCGCUUUGGGAGGGGGGGAAACGCUGAUGCCACCGAUGCCACCUUGGGGCAGCAGCAGAAGGAGGAGGAAGGGCAAGAGGCCCACGCCCAGCAAGAAAAGGGGGAGGAGCAGCGGCAACACCACCCACGGCCGCCAGCGCUAGAAGUGGAACGCUUUCCGGUGAACUUUCGGUCGUGGGCGAAGUCCCCGCCCACCACGGCUCCCGUGGUUCGGCGGUGGGUGCUGUCGAACGAGGGGACCAUGCCGCUGGUGGUGCACGAUGUCGGGAUACGCAGAACCGGGGCGAGCGGCUGGGGCUGGGGCUGGGGCUGGGGCUGGGGCUGGGGCAGACGGGGUGCUGGUAGCCAGGGCCCAAGCGGUAGGGGCAGCUGGUUUGGGAGGCGGUGGCGGGCUUUGUUAGGCGGCGGCGGCGGCGGCGGCAACAACGCUGAACGAGACGUGUCGUCUUCGAUGUGGGGUCUUUGGGGAGCGGUGUCGGCCGCGCCCGCGACAACAGCCGCCGCAGGGGGAGGAGGGAGCAUCGCCUCCUCGGUUCUGUGCGCGGACGGCGGAUUCCGGGUGCUGGGAGAGGCGUGCCAGGACCGGUGGCGGCCGAAGACCCUCCUACCGGGGCAGGAGAUGGAGGUGGCGGUGAACUACUCGGCGGAGCACUGCGAGCCCGUGGGGCGCACCCUCGACUUCGUGUCCUCCGCAGGCACCGCCUCGAUACGGAUGGAAGCGUCCGCGUCCGGCGGACCCUCCGCCGUUGCCGCUUGCAAGAGCGCCAGGCGCGCGGCUGCAGCGGCGGCGGCGGCGGCGGCGGGGUUGGCGGGCGGGGGCAAAGGGAAGGCGUCUGAUGGUGGCGGUGGCGGUGCCGGUUCCGACGGCAGCGGGGGCGGGGGCGGGGACGGCGACGCGCGGUGGAGCCGGGCGUGGCUGCUCGUCAAGACCGUGGUGUUCGCGGGCGCUCUCUACACGGGGUGGUGCGCGUUGCUGGGCGUCGGGCCAGAGUUAUCGCAGCUCCUGGGCUUGGCGAGGCGGGCGCGGGCGCGCGCGGCCGGCUGCUACGCCGCCCUCGCCGAGGGCUGCGGCAGGAUCGCGGUGUUGGUGGAGCAGAGGAAGGGCAACGGGGGUCGUGGUGGCGGCGGCGGCGGCGGCUACCCGCACCACCGAGGGCCCGGCGGUGGCAGCGGCUACGGAGGAGGGAACAGGGGACAGCACCAGCACCAGCAGCACCAGUGGGUGUCGUCAUCAUCGCACCACGGUAACUGGUCUCCCGGUCGCGGCGGCGGCGGCGGCGGCGGCGGCGGCGGCGCCAGGGGGCCGCUGCCGCACGGGCGGAUGUCUUCGCCGAACUCGUCCCCGCGGUUCCCGUCCUCGUCUCCUGGCUCUCCCCACCUCCCCGCCCUUUCCUCUCCGGCUGCUGCCUCUGCGUCCAUGGGGGUUGUUGCGGGCCCGGACAACAACAGCCGAGGCGGUCGCCAGCAGCACCAGCCGUACCGUAGCCGCCCGUCAGGAGGAGGAGAUAUGUACGUCGGGCGGCGUGGCGGAGGAGAGUUCCGGAACGGCGGGCACGCCAACGCCCCGGCAGGGGACGGCAGCGCCCGUACCGCCGCCCCCGCCAUGAGGACGGCGACGUUCGCCCCGGGCGCUUUUGCUGGGCAAGGGUCGGCGGCGGCGGCGGCGACGUCUUCGAGGUUCGGGCCCCGCCCAACGGGACCGGUCAAGACAAACGCUGUCCCGCCUUCCUCCGGCGGCGGCAACGCUACGCGCUCGUCAGGGACUGGUUGGUUGGGCGUGGAAGCUGGUGGCGUGGAGCCGUUUCAGAGGCCCCUGUGGGCGUCCUCCGAGAGCAGCAAUCAGCAGCAGCGGAGUCCCGCGCUGGGUCCCACACGCGCCCCCCCGCUCGCCCGCGGCAGCGGUGGCAUCGGUGCCUCCCCGACGCUGACCGGCUUGCACGCUUCCCCUCCGCUGGCGCCGAUCGGAAGCAACCGUCACCGACGGCAGUCUUCGGACGGGUCGGGGUCUUCGCUAUCUCGCGCCAUCGAUGCUCCUGGCGGCAGCAGCCGACGAUCCCCACCGGGGCUUCCGCCCCCUCCCGCGCAGCAGCGGCAGCAGCAGCAGCAGCCCAUGGGCUCUUUGCUCGGCGCGCUAGGAGCGGUGGCAGCGGCGCCGCCCUCGGCGGGGCGUGAUCCGGACCUGGACAACCUCGAAACGUUCGCGACGGCUUCGGCGGUGGCCGCGGGCGUCUUGGACAUCGCAGCCGGGGAGGGCGGCGGCCCAACGGUCCCGCUGGAGCGGUGCAACGAAAGGACUCACCCGGCCGCCUCCCUCGAUGCGGGCACCGCGGCAGAGGACGACGCUCGGAAUGGACGCUCUUUCUCGGUCCCCAGCAUGUACUUCGGGCAGCAGCACGCCGCUUCCCCACCUGCUGCUGCUGCUGCUGCUGCAGCCGCGAAUGGCUCGCAGUACGGCAGGCAGCAAGGCGUGGCGUUUGGCGCUGCCGGCUCGCCCGCAACCGGUGUCUUUGACGAGGCCAUCAUCGGCGCACAGCAGAGCCGCUUUGCUUUCCACCAGAGGGGGAGGGGAGGCCUAGCGCCUGCGAGGACCGUUGGUGGCGCCGGCCCCGCCGCCGCCGCGGCCGCCAGCGGAGGGAGCCGUCUUGGAUUCUACAUGUCGGCGGGUGGCAGCGGCGGCGGCGGCGGCGGCGGCGGUGGCGGGAGCGCGGACGAUGUUUUUGGCUCCAUGAACGACGGCGAUCAAAAGUAG